ACCCCCGUCCUCUUGCCCGCCAUGUCCGCAAAACCGAUCAGGGAGUUUGACGCGAAACUCGUACUUGCCUACUGGCUAUCCCGCUCACCGUCCCUCUCUGGCGGAAAGCCAGAGUCGGAUCUCGCGACCCAAUUCGUGUAUCCUCAACCAAAUGUUGCGCAAAUCGCGUGGGAUGAGGCAACAAACACGAUCACCGCGGACAGCCAGAUCCCGCAAUGGGUGUUCUCCACCAAGCUCGUUGCGAAGCCUGAUCAACUCAUCAAGCGCCGUGGCAAGGCGGGUCUACUUGCUCUCAACAAAACCUGGCCCGAAGCGAAGCAAUGGAUAGCGGAGCGUGCAGGCAAACCUGUUCAGGUCGAAAAAACGACGGGUGUCCUCACCAACUUUAUCGUCGAACCCUUCCUCCCACAUCCAUCGAAUAAUGAAUUCUACAUCUGUAUUACCUCUGCUCGUGAAGGCGACACAAUACUUUUCACCCAUGAAGGUGGUGUAGAUAUUGGUGAUGUUGAUGCUAAGGCACUCAAGCUAGAUGUUCCCGUUGGCGUGUCUUUCCCCGCACGUGCGGCCGUUGCGUCUACUCUACUCACUCACGUCUCCGACGCUAAGAAACGUGAGACUCUCAUCGACUUCAUCACGCGUAUCUAUGCCGUGUAUGUGGACCUCCAUUUCGCAUACCUCGAGAUCAAUCCGCUUGUUGUCCUUGAUGGCGAGGGCGGCAAAGAACCAACCGUGCAUUUCCUCGACAUGGCCGCCAAGCUCGAUCAGACCGCUGAGAGCAUCUGCGGUCCUAAGUGGGCCAUUGCACGUGACGUAAGCGUCUCCCCGUCCUCUCAGAGCUCGACAAAGGUCAUCGGUGCCGACCGCGGCCCUCCAAUGGUCUGGCCCGCUCCCUUCGGAAGACAGCUUACGAAGGAAGAGGCUUACAUCCAAAAGCUUGAUGCAUCGACUGGUGCUUCUCUCAAACUCACGGUUCUUAAUCCCGAAGGACGCGUGUGGACCAUGGUUGCUGGUGGUGGUGCUUCUGUUGUAUACUCGGACGCCAUUGCCGCUCAUGGAUUCGCACACGAACUUGCAAACUAUGGCGAGUACUCGGGUGCACCGUCAGAGGGUCAGACGUACGAAUACGCCAAAACCAUCCUCGAUCUCAUCACUCGUGGCACUCCAAAGCAAGAUGGCAAGAUUCUUAUCAUUGGCGGUGGAAUAGCGAACUUCACGAAUGUUGCAGCAACCUUCAAGGGUAUAAUUCGAGCUCUGAAGGAAUACAAGGCCGGUCUCAUCGCUCACAAUGUCAGGAUUUUUGUCAGGCGUGGUGGUCCUAACUACCAAGAGGGUUUGAAGGCAAUGCGGCUGCUCGGAGAGUCACUCGGCGUACCAAUCAAAGUGUACGGCCCUGAUACUCAUAUCACUGAGAUUGUUCCCAUCGCACUCGGCGUCAAGUCAACGCGGAAAUCUGGUGUAAGCUCUGCUCGUUCUAUUCCCCCAUCGGCGCCCGCUUCGCCUCCACCCGGUAAGGUCGUUGGGGGUGCUCCCUCGGACGAGGCGUCUGUCGGUGCUAUUCUCCCAUCUGGUGAACGGACGCAACAGGACGACCAGAUUGUACACUUUGCUGAUGGCAAGAAAGGAAUUUCUCGCCCAUGGUACAAGCCUUUCGAUGCGGAGACCCGCAGUUUCGUGUAUGGUCUCCAGCCACGAGCCAUUCAGGGCAUGCUCGACUUUGACUAUUCGUGUGGGCGAGCCACACCGUCUGUUGCUGCGAUGAUCUAUCCCUUUGGUGGUCACCAUAUCCAGAAAUUCUACUGGGGAACAAAGGAGACUCUCCUGCCAGUAUACACUAGCGUCGACGAGGCGGUGAAGAAGCACGCUGAUGUUGACGUCGUUGUAAACUUCGCCUCCAGUCGUAGUGUCUACAGUAGUACACUUGACAUCAUGUGCUAUGCGAACCAGAUCAAGACGAUCGCGAUCAUCGCUGAGGGUGUUCCGGAGAGACACGCUCGUGAGAUCUUGCAUCUGGCGAAGGCCAAGGACGUUCUCAUCAUCGGUCCUGCCACAGUCGGUGGAAUCAAGGCUGGGUGUUUCAAGAUUGGUAACUCAGGAGGUAUGAUGGAUAACAUCAUUGCAUCAAAGCUGUAUCGUGCCGGUUCCGUUGGUUACGUUUCAAAGUCCGGAGGCAUGUCGAACGAGCUGAACAAUAUUCUCUCGCUUGUUACAAAUGGCACAUAUGAGGGUAUUGCCAUUGGUGGUGAUCGUUAUCCCGGAUCAACAUUCAUUGACCACCUCCUUCGGUACGAAGCUGACCCCGAUUGCAAGAUGCUUGUCUUGCUCGGAGAAGUUGGUGGUAUCGAAGAAUAUCGCGUGAUUGAAGCUGUGAAGUCUGGCAAGAUCCGAAAGCCCAUUGUUGCAUGGGCAAUCGGAACGUGCGCGAAAAUGUUCACAACUGAAGUGCAGUUCGGACAUGCUGGCUCCAUGGCAAACUCACAAAUGGAGACUGCAGAUGCAAAGAAUGCGGCGAUGAAGGCUGCUGGUAUUAUCGUACCAGAGACGUUUGAAGAUCUUCCGGAUGUUCUGCGUGAAACGUACGACGCACUCGUCUCCGCAGGCAAUAUCGUACCGAAGGCAGAACGCGAACCACCUGUUAUUCCAAUGGACUACAAGUGGGCACAGGAGCUCGGUCUUAUCCGCAAGCCUGCUGCAUUCAUCUCGACUAUCUCGGAUGAACGUGGACAGGAACUGAUGUACGCCGGAAUGCGCAUCUCCGACGUAUUCAAAGAGGAGGUCGGUCUUGGUGGCGUUGUAAGCUUACUUUGGUUCAAGCGCCGCUUACCACCGUGGGCGACAAAAUUCAUCGAGAUGGUGCUCAUGUUGACUGCUGAUCACGGGCCAGCUGUUUCUGGUGCUAUGAAUACCAUUGUUGCGACCCGCGCGGGCAAGGACCUUAUCUCUUCAUUGGCUUCUGGCUUACUCACGAUUGGUUCUCGAUUUGGAGGCGCACUCGACGAGGCCGCUGCUAUGUUCUCUAAUGCACGUGACACUGGCCUCACCCCGCGUGAGUUCGUCGAUGAGUCGCGUAAAGCUAACAAACUCAUUAGUGGCAUUGGCCACAAGAUUAAGAGCGUCAACAACCCGGAUCUGCGUGUCGAACUUGUCAAGGAAUACGUGUUUAAGAAUUUCCCAAGUCACUCGUUGCUCGACUAUGCACUUGCAGUUGAGAAGGUCACGACGUCGAAAAAAGAUACGCUUAUUCUUAAUGUCGACGGAUGCAUCGCUGUGUGCUUCGUCGAUCUCCUUCGUGACAGUGGUGCAUUCACUCCGGAAGAAGCAGACGAGUACAUUAAGAUCGGUACACUCAACGGACUCUUCGUUCUCGGUCGCAGCAUUGGCUUCAUUGGCCACCAUCUCGACCAGAAACGCCUACGCGCACCGUUAUACCGUCACCCAGCUGAUGAUAUCUUUAUCAACAUGGCUGAUGUUGCACAACCCCGCGUUUCCGUUAAGCUGGGUUAAAGCGCCAGACAUACAAAAACCCUCUCAUAGCUCACCUGUCUUCACGUCUCGAAGACGGUGAGUAGAUUAUUCGUGUUUCUGCUUGCGUGGUCCUCAGUUGUGCAAAUUUCUCGGUUAGCCAAAAAUUCUACUUGACUUUUGAUCACCACUAUGUGUUUCACGUUGGCCGUUUAGACUCUUUCCAUUAUCUGUAGGUAGAAAUCAAAGUUCACUCAUAGAUUAUGUAAGAAGGACAUAAUGUAAAUCCA